UAUUUCCAGUUACUAUCAUGCAUGUCUCCAAACCUGCUACUCUUGGAUCUCGGAAUGGCGAUCAGUUUCGCUACAAUCGCUUUACCAGAUCUGCUGAACGCAAAGGACGGAUUGUCCCUGACAGAAACACAGGCAUCAUGGUUCGGAAGUAUAUCGUAUUUAACGCAACCUUUUGGCGCCCUUCUGUCUGGACCCAUUGUGGACUACUUCGGAAGGAAGAAAGCCAAUUUUUUGGUGAACAUUCCUCAUCUAGUAGCGUGGGUGCUCAUGUAUUUCGCAUGGGAUUUACCCACAUUAUUCAUAGCUAACGCCUUGUUAGGUUUAGGCACUGGUGUUAUGGAAGCACCAAUUAAUUCUUAUGUUGGAGAAAUUGGUGAACCAUCAAUACGAGGUGCAUUGUGUACUGUGACACAAUUAUUUACUUCAAUAGGAGUGCUCUUAAUGUACUAUCUGGGCACAGUAGUCAGUUGGAGGACGGCAUCUCUCAUUUGUUUAGCAGCACCACUUGCUUCGAUGCUGUUGAUAUUAUUUGUGCCAGAAACUCCAGUAUGGCUUUUGUCUCAGGUGCAGGAGAGAAGGGCACUCAAAGCCCUGUGCUACCUUCGUGGGUGGACGACGCCAGAACACGUUCAAAACGAGUACACCCAACUGGUAGUCUACACAAAGAACUUGAAACGUUGUGUGAUUUGCAAGACUGAUGAUUUGAAAAUACUAGAUUGUGAACAUUUGAAGAUUAACAGAAUUCAGAGGUUCAUCCUUAGAUUUAGAUACGUAUUUUUAGCCAAAGAAACACUUAGACCUUUAACGCUAGUGAUGUUGUAUUUUAUGUUCUACGUGAUGAGUGGACUCACUCCGAUCCGCCCAAAUAUGGUGAAUGUGUGUACAGAGGCAUUCGGCAUGGCAGACGAUGGAAAGAAUAUUGUGUUGACAGUUGGUAUAAUAACAUUCAUAACCAGCAUUGUUGUGAUCGGAAUCAUCAAAAUGGCAGGAAAGAGGAAAUUAAUACUCACCGCCAUGCUUGGGACAGCAAUCUCUUGCACAGCCCUCAGUGUGUACGCGAAACUCAACUUAGAUGAUUCUGUAUUCUCAUAUAACUCGGAUACUUUUCCAACUAAUACCAGUUAUAUACCGUUGACACUGUUUUAUCUUUUGACUGUGUUUACUGGACUCAAUAUACCUUGGGUGCUACUUGGAGAAGUGUUUCCGUUCAGGAGUCGCGCGUCAGCUCAAGGAUUCGCAGCGGCUUGGAACUACGUCGUAACUUUUUUGGGCUCGAAGACUUAUAUAGAUCUUGAAAAGAGCGUAAGAUUAUGGGGUACCUUCGCUGUAUACGCUGGCUUCGGGUUCGUGGGUACCAUCUACCUUUACUUCUUCAUGCCAGAAACAGAAGGAAAACAUCUUCACGAAAUUGAGAACUACUACAGUGGAAAACUCAGAAUAUUCGCAGACGACCCAUUUAUAAAUUUCUUUAAAAGGUUUAAGAGGAAAUGAUAACCAAAAAUUAUUUUAAGUGUUUUAUAAUUGUAUAUAUUUAAUUAUUUACAUACAGAUUUUACAAUAUAAAAGUCAUCAUGGACAAGUACUCA